AUGCCUUGGGGGUGCAGCCCUAGAAAACACACACACACAAAAAAGAAGCUAUGUCUCUGUUCUAAAAUUGAUUGUGGUGAUGGUUGCACAACUGUGAAUAUACUAAAAAGCCAUUAAAUUGAACACUAUGUUGUGAAUUGUAUAGUGUAUGAAUUAUAUCUCAGGAGAUUACCUAUCUGCCUAUAUCUGUAUCUAUAGCUAUAUCCCAAUUCUGCAAUUAAGUUAUUCACUUAAAGUAUUUCAGGGAAAGGCAAAGAUUAUAAAGUGGAUCUUUUACAAAUAAAGGAAAAAGGACCAUGACAAAUUGAGAUGAUUUUUCUCAAUGAUAGGCAAGGUAAAAGAACUUUUAACUUCCUGAUUAACUGGUCCUUCUUGAUACUUUAUCUAUCUCUGCAGGAAAAAAAAUCCCCUUACUUUGUAGAGAAUGAAGAGCUAUAAACCCAGGGAUUAAGCAUCAAUUAGGCAGCACAUGGAGACUAAAAGGAAAGAGGAAGAAAUCAACUAAAAUAAGAAGAAUACAAGUUGAAUUAAUAAUGACAUUAAUAAUUUCCUUCAGCAUUUGGGACUAUAACCCAAGUAUCCCAAGCUAUUUAGUGAAAAAAUAAGUGGUGUUGAAGGAACGAAACUAGAUGACGAAUUUCUUGACAUGGAAAGGAAAAUAGAUAUUACCAAUAAAGCUGUUGCAGAAAUUCUUUCAAAAGCCACAGAAUAUCUUCAGCCAAAUCCAGCAUACAGAGCUAAGCUAGGAAUGCUGAACACUGUGUCGAAGAUCCGAGGACAGGUGAAAACCACUGGAUACCCACAGACAGAAGGCUUGCUGGGCGACUGCAUGCUCAAAUAUGGGAGGGAGCUCGGCGAAGGCUCCACCUUUGGCAAUGCACUGAUAGAAGUAGGUGAAUCCAUGAAGCUAAUGGCUGAGGUGAAAGACUCUCUUGAUAUUAAUGUAAAGCAAACUUUUAUUGAUCCACUUCAGUUACUACAAGACAAAGAUUUAAAAGAGAUUGGGCACCACCUGAAAAAGCUGGAAGGCCGCCGCCUGGAUUACGAUUAUAAAAAGAAGCGAGUAGGUAAGAUACCAGAUGAAGAAGUCAGACAAGCAGUAGAAAAAUUUGAAGAGUCAAAGGAGUUGGCUGAAAGAAGCAUGUUUAAUUUUUUAGAAAAUGAUGUAGAACAAGUCAGCCAGUUGGCCGUGUUUAUAGAGGCAGCUUUAGACUAUCACAAACAAUCCACAGAGAUUCUGCAGGAGCUACAGAGCAAGCUACAGAUGCGGAUAUCGGCUGCGUCCAAUGUCCCCAAACGAGAAUACAAGCCACGGCCCAUAAAGAGGAGUCCUAGUGAGCUCAAUGGGGUGUCCACCCCCUCUUCAGCAAAGACAACAGGUUCUAACAUUCCCAUGGACCAGCCCUGCUGUCGUGGUCUCUAUGACUUUGAGCCAGAAAACCAAGGAGAACUAGGAUUUAAAGAAGGGGACGUCAUUACAUUAACCAAUCAAAUAGAUGAAAACUGGUAUGAAGGAAUGCUUCAUGGGGAAUCUGGAUUCUUCCCCAUUAAUUAUGUUGAAGUGAUUGUGCCUUUACCUCAGUAAAAGUGUAUCUCUAACUUUGGACAUUCUUUCAUAACUGCAAUGAAUUCACACCAGUGUCCUCUCAGUGUGGUGUUCUGUGGCAUUCUUGCUCUUUGACCAACUUAAUGACUUUUGUAUGUGUGUUCUCUUUAUAAUGUAUUUUGUAUCAAUUUAAUUGUAUAAAUGAUUUUCUUGUCUUAGCUAUAUGAAAAUACCGUUCUCCCUUUUUGCUUAUUGUCCUAAAAGUCAUUGGUUAAAUAAAUGUAUGUGCUUCUUGUUGCUAAAAAUAAAUGGUACCCAUUGCAGUUUCGUCAGUGAAUCGCCCGUAUUCCUCAAGCUGAGGUGGAAUGCAACACUUGAAACUAAGAACUGCUAAAUAUUUUGUUUCCUGACAUUACUGAUGGCAUCCAGUCUUUUCUCUUCAUGGUGACCUGUGAAUAGCCCAAUAAAUAUGACACACUGUGUUGGCAAAA